UGUAAGCAGUCAUCAUAUAGAGUUAUAACAACGUUAAAUUCUGUUUCGUCCAAAAUGAGAUUAACAAUCAUGGAACUAAAAAAAAAACGACAGGCGCCUUAAUAGUUCAUAAUGGGGCGCAAGAGUGAACGUUCACAACUUUUAAGCAAUGCAAACUCCACCGAAGUCAAAAGUGAAAGCCACGUGAAGCGUGUCACUCCUGUGACAAGUAACCCAGCUUUUGUCAUUGCUGUAGUAUUCUCAUCAUUGGUGUUAGAUUUUGGAUCGGAAGCUAAUGCCCAAUACAUCAUUCAAUUUACGAGAGAUUUAUCUAGAACUGCGAACGCAACGGGUUUUCGGCAUCGAAACAGAACCGAUAAUUCAUGCGGUAGGCAUGUAAAUGGAACUUCUAUAGAAGAGGAAUUAGGUCAAAAACUUGCAGCAAAAUGGUCAUUUUAUUGCAAUAUCGCCGAACAUGUACCAACCAUACCAAUUGUUAUAGUGUUUGGAACAUAUUCUGACAAAAUAGGUCGUAAACCAUUGUUCUUGAUUUCUACAAUCGGCAUGUCUCUACAAUACGGAAUUAAAGCUUUAGCAAUUUACAUGAAAUUGCCUCUGUACUUUUUUGCCAUUGCAGCCGCUGUGGAGGGAUUAAGUGGCUGUAGAUACCUAUUCAGUAUUGCAAAUGACGCUAGUAUUGCUGAUACUACAGACAGAAAUCACAAUCGAACAGCAGCUUUUGCACUAGUUGAUGUGUUUCUUGGCAUAGGAACAUUUGGAGCCAAAAUUGGAACAGGCUAUAUGAUAGCGAGCAUGGGAUAUUUCUUCCCUGUGAUAUUGACUGCUGGUUUAAAUGUUUUGCUGGCACUAUUUAUAUUCAGUUUUGUGCCAGAAACGUUAGAACAGAAGACCCGAAAUAAAUCGACGUUUGAUCUCUUCAAAGAUUCUGUGACAUUCUUAUAUGACAGGACACAGAUUCACGGCAAUAAACGCUGGAAAUUCCUUUACUGGUUUUCUAUAUACAUUUCUCUGGAAUUUUCGGGUAUGGCGGUUUCUGGUAUAUCAACAAUCUAUUACAUGGGAUUUCCGUUCUGUUGGAACUCAAAAAACAUUGGAUGGUACUCGGCGUCUUCGUCCUUGAUCCAUACUUCAUUAGGAGCAGCAUUGUUAAAACUAAUCGUGAAACACAGGCGGGACGAGCCUUUAGCUAUUAUAGGACUCUUGUCUUCGAUAAGCGACAACAUCAUCAUAGGCAUUGCUUCACAAUCCUGGAUGCUUUAUCUUGGAACAAGUGUUGGUGUACUGUCCUUGUUACAAGGUGUAGUAAUUCGGUCGGCCAUGUCUAGUAUGGUAGAUGACAGUAAGCAAGGAUCAUUCUUUAUGAUAUACCAACUGGUAAAGAUCUUGACGGUUCUAGCUGGUAACUCUCUGUCUACCAAUAUAUACCAAGCCACAGUCGAAAUCCUCCGGGGAUUCCCCUACCUGGUGGCUUCAGGCCUUUACCUUAUCGUUUUAAUCAUGGUAAUAAUUCUGUAUAUCUCCGGAGGGGUUAGUUCAGAGACUGGAGUAAAAGGGGACAGUACUACCACCGAUAAAACAAGCACUGCUGUAACACCCUAUGGGUCGAACACACAAGACAACUCUAUUGUCAACUCCAGUGGAAAUAUUUCAAGCUCUGGAGCGGGUAUUCUGUCUGUCAUGGCAAGGCCUCUUCUCCGAGCUUUCGCCUCCAACAUGAUGGAUAAAGAUAAACAAGGUGCUGUGUUCGGUAACAUAUAUGUGAUAGAGGACAUGGAUACUGUUUCGGAGAAUAAACCAUUGUUAGUGAAUACCGAUAGGGAGGAAGAGAAAAUCAAAUCUACAAACAGAACCCUGACAACUCAGGUGAUUUUACGUAUGUGUAUGACGUUUUUAUACAUGGCUGUCGCGGAGCUUGGAAGCCUUAAUCAGACCCUUUACGUUUAUCAACGAGCGUCGGAGUAUAACAGGGCAAACAAUCUCACAUCCGUAAGUCAAUUAAAUGCAACAAGUGCAUGCGGUUCGAACCAAAGCCAAACAUCUGAGAACGUAAACCAAAAGCUGGCGGCAAAAUGGACGUGGUAUUUCAGUUUGAUUUCACAUGGUUUUGGCACUCCAUCACUACUUUUGUACGGCCUGUAUUCGGAUUUUAUCGGCAGAAAACCGCUUUUGAUAAUUUCACUUAUGGGUGAUGCUCUACGCUACGGUAUGAUGGCAUUUAUAAACUACAACCAUUUGCCAUUUGUGUUCUUUAUUGCGCCUUAUGCCGUGUCAGGCAUCACUGGUAAUAGCUAUCUGUAUUUUAUUGCUAAUACUGCCGCCAUUGCUGAUAAAACAGGCUACAAUCAAACAAGAACAGUGGGGUUAGUUGUCUUUGAGGUUUUAAUUGGAUUAGGAGCAAGUGUAGCCAAAAUAGGGGCGGGAUAUCUGAUCCAUUAUAGCGGAUAUCUUAUGCCUAUGCUCAUAUGUCUAGGAGCCUUUCUAUUUUUGGCAAUAUUUGUUUGCGUUUUGGUCGAAGAGACCAUAACCACGGUGUCAUCUAAAAAUCUGACCUUUUACAAAGGUGUUAAAAGAAUAUUUGGAUUUUUCUAUGAUAAGACAACGGUUAUUGGAAACAAAAAUGGACAUUUUAUGAUGGCUUGGUCUGCUUUCAUAAUUAUUUAUUUCGCUCGAAAUUCUGCGUAUGGAAUAACAACACUAUACGAAUUGAAGUCUCCAUUUUGUUGGACUUCAGAAGAAAUUGGUUGGUAUGGUUUUGUCAAGGAUAUGGUUGAAUUCCUUUUAGGGAUGUCUAUCAUGAAAAUAUUACAAAACUGUGUACAGGAUAUACAUUUAGCUACACUUGGAUGCUUGUCAAACAUUGGACUAAAUAUCGUUACUGGUUUUGCAACAACCAAAUUUAUGAUGUAUGCAGCUUUAGGAGCCGGGGUACUUUCGGUUGUGACGUUUCCUAUCAUGCGUGCUAUAUUAUCCAGAUACGUAGAUGUUGAUAGACAAGGAAUAUUAUUUGCGAAUUUAUUUGUGGCAGAGAAUAUUUGCUCGUUGGUCGGAGGCAGUAUAUUUAAUAACCUUUAUUCUGAGACAGAGGAUUGGAUGCCGGGGCUGAGUUUUUUCGUAGUAGGCUCUAUCUUUAUCGUACCUCUUGGACUUUUAAUCUCCUUGUUUGUGUCCACACGAUAGUUGAAUACUUACCGAUGACAAGACUACAGAAUUUCUUCAUCAUUUUAAAAUAAACAAAGUUGUGAAAUCUGGAUCUUUCAUUUUUUAUCCUUUAUCCUGUCAUAAUGUUUGGAAUCCUAAGUAAAAAUACUGACAUUCUAAGUGUUAUUUAUCAAAACAGACUGACUGAUGUGUUGAGAAAUGAGUAUGUCUUU